AUUUCACUUCCCCCCGCCGGCCCCGACAAAUUCAUCGUCACGACACUCCGGCAAGCGAAAUCGACAAACAGCCGCCAAGAUGGUGAACAUUCCCAAGACGCGUAUGACCUACUGCAAGGGCAAGGAGUGCCGCAAGCACACCCAGCACAAGGUCACCCAGUACAAGGCCGGCAAGGCCUCGCUGUUCGCGCAGGGAAAGAGACGUUACGACCGAAAGCAGUCCGGUUAUGGUGGUCAGACCAAGCCUGUCUUCCACAAGAAGGCUAAGACCACCAAGAAGGUUGUCCUGCGGUUGGAGUGCAUCAAGUGCAAGACCAAGCUCCAGCUCGCCCUGAAGCGCUGCAAGCACUUCGAGUUGGGUGGUGACAAGAAGACCAAGGGUGCUGCCCUCGUUUUCUAAACGCAUUGUGUUUUCGGUCGACCGACUUUUAUGGCUCCUUUCACGGCACACGGAUCAUCAUCAGGCUGGAACAAUGGCGGCGAAGAGGGUUACCAGUUCUCAUUUGAGGAACUCUACAUAGGGAACAAAUAAAAGCCCUUGCUUGCGAACGGAUACCAAAAGCAAUUCAUCCAGCUUCCCUCCCCUCCUCAUCCCUCACCUGCUGUCGCGCGCUUAGAGAGACCAUACAACCGAAAAGAAAAAAAAGUGACAAGAGAAAAUGCGGGAUGCGUGGGAACUCGACAAACGGUUUGUCCUGAGGGUGGUGAUCACACUCGAGGUGGGAUGAACUUGUCCCUGUUGAGACAUGCCCAGGCUCCCGAAUCUGUGGUCGCUAGAAGAUAGAUGCCUUCUAUGAGGCUCAACCGGUCAAUCACAUAACUGAGUCACGAAAUAACGUU